AUGCAGACCGACUUAGAUCCUCGCGUCCUCCAAGCACUCGAGGGCUUCCAGAAGUCUAAGAUCACGAUUAUUGAAUGGGAAACCCCACUGUUGAGCCGCUUAGGCUAUCCACUGGCAUCCAAGUUGGAUUUGAUAUUUCUCAUCCCGGACGACCAACUUCAAAGCGCAAACAACAUCACCGCGGCCAGCAGCCAGCGUCUCGCUUAUCAAAGCGAUCACUCGCCAGCGUAUCUCUCCGAGUUCGCGAACCAAGGCUUUCGAUACGUCCUCGGUGACCUUAUGCACCGAUUUAUCCUGCUCCCUCUCUCUUGGACUGGCAUCGACCAAGAUGAACUGGAAGUCAUUCCGACACCCAAGCAUCAUCUACCUUCCGGCACAAUCUUCACAGUGCCCUUGCCCGCCUUUUGCGCCGCAUAUCUACGCAUAAUCAUUCAAGAGAGCAGCGGAAGCAGGGCCCUAGUUAAGGCAAUCGCAGAUCUUUCGAGCGUCAUCGCCUAUAACAUGUUUGACAUGAGCUAUAGUGGGGACUAUAUGAUAAAUCCGGAAGACGACAUGUAUGACGAGGCUAUUCCGCUUCCGGAGGGUGGGGAGAAGGGCAUCGCAAAGGCAGAGAAGGAUGCUUUGGAAAUAAAAAUUGCGCUUGGGAGAAUCCAAGAAUGGAGUUUCAAGAAGGACGAUGAGUGGACUAGGGACAUACUCCUUCGGUUAGUUUCUGGAAAGCUGCGAUAUGAAGAUUUGCCUAGCAAGUGA